AUGUCUACAAAUAAGAUUACACCUUCACCGAAAGCAACAGUCGCUCCUAUCGAUGCGUCAGGUCCUCCGGGGAAAUAUACUAUAUCAUUUGGGAGUCACCGCUUUGUGGUCGAAUUAUCCAAGGUACCUUGGUUGGGGGCGUAUAUCAAUUUGGUGCCGAGAGAUAAUGCAAGUUAUACUCAGCCUGGCUAUGAGAGCGAAUACGAACCAGAUCAAUCCGUUCCCUACUUAUUCAUAGCUGCCCAAGGAGUCAUAAAUGGAUAUUAUUUCUGCUUCAAUAUGCUUCCUCCUGAGCUUUCAUAUUAUUACAAACUCUGCCAAGCGCUUGAUGUUAUAUCAGCCAAGAAUUUGUCUUCAAGCCCCGAGUCUCUACUGGGACUAUGGAAUUCAAUUUUAUUGUAUACGGACCCAAAGACUUCCCAAGAUGACAGAAUGCUCCACAGGGCAAGAGCUGGCACUGCUGCCUUCAAAUUUGUGUAUUUGAUGAUAUUAGGCGACUUUCCCGACUCCAAUGUUCGGGAUUCAAAACAAAUACUGGCACUACUGUUCGUGCAGACCGUCUUGUAUAACCAAGAUGAUUUCAUGUGGGAAAUAAGAAAGGUAGUUCGAGCUGCAUAUCAAGUCCGAUUUGAGACCACUUGGGAAGAGUUUCAGAGGUUCGAUGAUUUUGGGGGGCAAACCGAGACGAAACUAGAAGAUUUUGACAUAAAAGAGGCAGCGAAAGAAGCGGCAGCGAAGGCAGAAGCAGAAAAGAAACAGGCGGCAAAGCAAAAGGCGUCAAUACGAUAA